AUGGAAAAAGGCGUUGGGUUAUGGCUUCGUGACGUGGAAACGGAUGAAUGGCAUCGUGCGACGGUUGUCAAACUUAGUGAACCAUUAGAUAAUUCAGAUGAACGUCAUGUGACAAUGCGUAUGAUGGAAGGACCGCAUGCAAGGACAGAUAAGAUACUGCAGAUUAAUGUAAAGGCACUAGAGGAAGAAGAAGUGGACGGUGUGUUACUUGCUAAUAGUAGUGAUAUGGAUGUUGUGGAAGAUUUGAUUCAAUUACCUCAUCUUCAUGAGCCAGGGAUUUGUCACACCUUAAGUGAACGUUUCAAGAUUAAUGAGAUUUAUACACUUACGGGCGAAAUUCUUCUUGCUAUUAAUCCUUUUCAGAAUCUAGGUAUCUACACGGACAAGAUUAUACGUAAAUAUGCCCGCAAUGGAGAUAAGCGUGCGCUUGGACAAGAAGUACCUGACAUGCCACCACACGUCUAUAGCAUUGCUGAUAAAUCCUAUCGCUCACUGAUGAAUCCAAUUGGACAUAGUGCGCAUGGAGGCGCUACGAACCAGUCGAUUUUGGUCAGUGGUGAAAGUGGUGCUGGUAAGACGGAAACUACCAAGUUUGUGAUGCACUAUCUGGCAACCAUCUCGGAGCAUAAAAAUACAUUUGCAGACAGAAACGUCAUGCAGCAGGUUUUGUCGUCGAAUCCGAUUUUGGAAUCAUUUGGUAAUGCACGAACGAUUCGCAAUGACAACAGUAGUCGUUUUGGAAAAUUUAUCAAGAUGGAAUUUUCGGCAGAAGGAAAUCUUAUUGGCGCUUCGAUCCAGACGUAUUUGUUGGAGAAAGUGCGGCUUUCUUACCAGGGCGAGUCGGAGCGUAAUUAUCACAUAUUUUAUGAGAUUAUUGCUGGUGCAACCGCGGAGGAAAAGAAGCGCUGGAACCUAAAGACACCGACCAAGUACCAUUACUUGAACCAGAGCACGUGUGUUAAGCGAAAGGAUGGUGUCAAUGACGCAGAACAGUUUGGUUUUUUAAAAACCGCUAUGCAGACAAUGGGCUUUGAUGACGAUGAUAUGGAGAGCAUUUUCGUCACCAUAUCGGUUUUGCUGCACAUUGGAAACCUAGAGUUUGACGAAACACACCAGGCUUCUGGUACUGAGGGAUCAGAGAUUUCUAGCAUAUGCGAAGAUUCGAUGAAGGUGGUACUCGACUACUUGGAAGUCGACAAACAGGGUUUGGAGCAGGCUAUUUGCAACCGCAAUAUUCAGACAAAGGACGAGCACUACUCUAUUGGUUUGCUACCGGAAGCCUCUGAGAAUGCUCGUGACGCUUUAGCUCGGUUCCUGUACGGUAAGCUUUUCGACUGGCUUGUCAGCCGUAUUAACGAAAUCGUUGAAAACGAGGACCGAGAUGCCCCGUUUAUCGGUUUAUUGGAUAUCUUUGGUUUUGAGGAUUUGGAGCACAAUUCGUUCGAGCAAUUAUGUAUCAAUUACGCCAACGAGACUCUGCAGCAGCAUUUUAACCUUACUGUGUUGCGCAUGGAGCAGGAGACGUAUGAGAAGGAGGAAAUUCAGUGGAGCUUUAUUAACUUUCCGGAUAAUGGUCCAUGCAUUGAUUUGAUUCAGAGCAAGCCUUACGGCAUUCUUUCGGCUCUUGAUGAAGAGUGCAUCGUUCCGCAAGGUAAUGACCAGAACUUUUCACGAAAGAUGUACCGCCAACACGAGCAAAAUCCGCACUUUAGCGCGAGCAAGACCGAGAUGGCCAACCAUCUCUUUGUCGUGCACCAUUACGCUGGUGCAGUCACGUAUGAUACAUUUGGAUUUUGUGAAAAGAACAAGGACAUUUUGUACCCUGAGAUAACUGCUAUAAUCAAGAGAUCGUCGAAGCCAUUUGUGCGUGGACUUUUGCAGGUUUCAGUUGAGAAGAAGCCACCUAUCAAAAAGUCAAAGGGUCGGUCGUCGAGUGUUGCUGCCCGCGUAAGCUUGGGUUUGCAGUUUCGAAAUCAGCUGAAAGACCUGCUGGAGACGAUUAAUGUCACUGAUUGCCACUAUGUGCGGUGUAUAAAGCCGAACGAUAAGGCAAAGGCCAAUUUGCUGAUGCCGAAGCGUGUAUGCGACCAACUGAAGGCUGGUGGUGUUUUGGAAGCUGUGCGUGUCAACCGCGCCGGCUACCCUGUUCGUAUCGCCCACUUGCAGUUUAUUAAGCGUUACCGUCCGUUAGCGAACGGCAAAUAUUUGCAGCGCAUUCCUGCUGAAGCAGCUGAAGAGGACUACGAUUGUACUGCACGCAUGAACGCUGCAAGUCUGUUGGUGGAGUUUUUGCUGAAAGCACAUGCUGAGCGGUAUCCAGAGCUGGCACGUGUGGCGUCGGACAACCAGCAGGAAGCGACUGUGUCUGGCAUCCAAGUUGGGCUUACUCGCGUUUUCUUUCGUCGCUCUGCCAUUCAGUUUGUAGAGGCACAGUUAGCCAAGCGCUACGGUGAAUUUGUGGUACUUAUCCAGGCUGCGGUCCGCGGCUUGAUCGCUCGUCGCCAUUACGCUCGAAUGCAGGUGUCGGCUGUUGUAUUGCAGAAGGUGAUUCGUGGUUUUCACACGCGUUGCCGAUUCUACGUACUACGCGAACGCCACCGCGAGAAACAGGCUGAGCUAUUGCGUCAGAAGCAGCAUGCAGAGAAAACGCAGCGCGAAGAAGAGCGGCGUGCUGCUGAUGAGAAACAGCGUCUGAUGGAUGAUAAGCGCAAGACUGCUGAGCUGGAGGAGCAAAAUCGUCUUACUGCUCAGUCAGCGUCAUCUGACCCAGUAUCGGAUGAUUCAUCGGAUGGUGACCGUAGUUCAUCCGUCAAGCUCCCCGGGUAUUUAAGAGGCUCAAACGAGGAGCGCGGUAACCGUGCUGUAUCUCGUUUUCGCUUCACUAAGGAUUAUGGUGAUGACGACUACUCCGUGCCAAACACCUCCCGUCAGGUCGCAAUGGAUCCAGGUGACACUGUGCUGCACGUGGCUGCCAAUUGCUGCAACGAACAAGAUGUGUUGAAACUGCUUCAGAAUGGCUCGGACAUCAACGCUCGCAAUCGUCGAGGCCGCACUCCGCUACACACUGCGUCCCUUUAUCAGAACGUUGAGGUUGUAGGUAUUCUUCUGGACUGGGGUGCUGAUAUUCUUGUUCAAGACGACGAUGGCAAUACGCCACUGCAUUUGACCAAGGAUCCUCGCAUUGCUCGAAUGCUGUUGGAAGCUGGUUGCACGCCCAAUAUUGUCAACGCUGACGGCCGAACUGCCCUGAUUAACGCUGUCGAUCGCGGUGAUUCGAAGACAGUAAAAUUGCUGCUGCACUUUAAGGCUGACGUGUUAUUCCGAGAGUUGAAGCAUCAUCAGACAGCGCUACACUUGGCUGUUCGUAAGGGUCAGUACCAAAUCGUGAUGGAGCUGUGCAAGUCCGACGAUAUUCAAGAUUUGAUUCUUUUGACCGAUCGCAACGAGAACAAUGCGCUCCAUUUUGCCGUGUCUCGCGAUCGCAAGAAUGGAUACCGUCUUGUAGAUUACUUGAUCAAACACGGCGGUGAAGUUGAUAAGGUGAAUGCACGAUUUCAGAGUCCAUUGGUGGUUCACAUUAUGACAACACGCCAAACCGAUCCGGCGAUUACGGAACUUUUUCUCGCCCGAGGAGCCGACCCAAACAUUCAGCUGGCCGAUGGAUCGACGCUGCUGCACGUUGCCGUGGAGCGUGAACUGAUUGAUAUUGGCUGUUCAUUGAUAAGUCACGGUGCAUCGCUGAAUGCGCCUGAUGCGAAGGGCCGAAUGGUCAUUGAGGUGGCGAACAAAAAGUUUUUGAAGAAACUAUUUGGCGCGAUUACACAGCCUCCUACGUGGAUUGACGAGAAGGAGCGUCGAUCGUGUAUGCUAUGUGGAUCAAACUUUAAAUUUGGCAACCGACGCCACCACUGCCGACACUGUGGACGGGUGUGCUGCUCUGAUUGUUCAGCUUUUACGGUGGAGAUGCAUCGGUUUCCAAAGGAAUUUCCUGGACGCAUAACUACUGGCGGUAAACAGGUGAAGGAUCCACAGCGCGUAUGCCGUACGUGCCAUGCCGUAUUUAAAAUGCGGACAGCUCAGAAGGAGUCCAAGUCGGGCUUUAUGGCACGCGUACUUGGGUACGAGUGGGACGAGGUAACUGCUACCAAUUGA